AAUAUAUACAUAUUAUUAGUCCUUAAAUAAUGUGCAUGUAUAAGCAACUUUAAUAAAAUAAUUAAUGAAAGGAUUAAAAAAAUAUAUCUUUUAUAAUUUAGGGACUAAAUAAACACAAAAAAUAAUUCAGAGUGGUUGAAGAUGACCGGCCCAGCGCGAGAAGACGACAACCAGGGGAGGUUUUACUCAACGAAUCCGAUAUGAUCCACGAAGUUACGGUCGACGAAGAAGAUCUUCCUGAUGUUGAUGAUGAAGAACACUCCGAUUUUGAAAAUAUGAGUGUCGACGGUAUGUGUUCCAUUCUCAUACCUUUACUUUCAGCUCUAUUGUGUUUUGGAAUUGAAUAUUUUAAGUUUUUUCCAAAUCUAAUUAGAAAAGAUCAUGGAGAUUCUGUGUCUAGUUUAGCCCUUAGUUUUGAUGGGCAGUUGCUUGCAUCUAGAGGGUUUGAUGGAGUUGUUUGGAUUUGGGGGCCAUUGGGAACCCUCAUUCAUCGACUUGAUGGUCCAGGAGGAGGCAUUGAGGUGUAUAACUUUACAAUUAGUAAAAUACUUGCUUGUUUGCUUUCUCUGGUGCUUAAGGUUAAACAAUCUGUAUUGGCUCUGAUGAUGCAACCUUGAGAAUAUGGAAUCCAAAAAGUGGUGAGAGCAUUUGUGUUGUAAAAGGUAUGUGUUUGCUAUCCAGUUUGGGUUUUCCAUUCUUAACUUCUUUCUUUUUUGUUACAUCUGAUUUUAGGCUAUACAAAAGGCAUAUACCUCUCAUUUCCGAAAUCCCUUCCCAUCAGUCCCAAAGGUUUAACCCUAGACUUCCAAUUUACAU